AUGUAUGCAUACAGGAAAGGAUUUUCGGCUGGAAUAUAUAACACGAAGUAUGGAAAGUUAGGUUUUAAAGUUAUAUUAGUCUUAUUACAAUUAUUCGGAUAUAUUUUGUCAAAGUUUAUGGGAAUUGUUGUUAUUUCAAAUUUGGACAAAGCAAAACGAGCAUUUAUGAUCUUAUCAUUGAUAGCGGUAUCAGAAAUUGCACUCUUCUUAUUCUACAUAACACCAGAUCCAUAUAGCGCUAUUUGGAUGUUUUUCAAUGGCUUACCAUUAGGUUUAAUUUGGGGCUUAGUGUUUUCAUACCUUGAAGGACGUAGAACAUCAGAAGUUUUGGGUAUUGGUAUGUGCAUUUCUUUUAUUUUCUCUUCAUCUGUUAUUAAAACAAUUGGAAAAACAUUGGUUAACAAAGGACUCAAUGAGAAGUUAAUGCCUGUUGUUGUUGGAGCGAUCUUUUAUCCAAUUAUUUGUUUGUUUACAUUUUGCAUUGAAUUAAUUCCUCCUCCGAAUGAAGAAGACAUUAGAAACAGAACAGAAAGAGUUCAAAUGAAUCAUUCUGAUCGUAUUAAGUUCUUUUGCAUGUUUUGGCCUGGUAUUAUGCUAAUGAUUUGUUACUAUAUGCUUGUUUGUGGAUACAGAGAUUUCAGAGAUAAUUUUAUGAUUGAAUUAUUUGAAGAAAUGGGAGAGAAGAAGCCAGAAUAUCUGACAUAUACAGAUCUAAUUGUAACAUGUGUUAUCGUUCUUAUUGUAGGAUUGAUGAUGUUAAUUAAGAAUCAUUUGAUCGGAUUCUAUAUCUAUCACAUCGUUAUUAUUGCGGGAAAUGUUGUUAACUUACUUGGAACAAUCCUUUAUAAGAGAGCAAAGAUAAAUGGAAUUGUCUUUCAAGUUAUUGUUGGUGUUGCGAUUUAUAUUGCAUACGUUCCUUAUUCUUCAAUUCUUUUCGAUAGAAUGAUUGCUUCUUUUAAAGUUAAAGCAAAUUCAGGAUUCUUGAUUUAUAUUGCAGAUUCAUGUGGUUAUGUCACUGCAAUUGUAUUUAUGUUUGUCAAAGAAAUGGGAAGUCAUAAGAAAUGGCUUCCAUUCUUCAUUCAAGCAUCAUUUGUGAUGUCAGUCGCCGGAAUCACUCUUCAAAGUCUUUCUCUGGUUUAUUAUUUCCUUAGGGCUAAAACAUUCCCUGGCAUUAAAGAAGGAGUACCUGAUAAAGUCGAAAGUAUCUUCACCGAUGGAGAUCUUGCACAACCUGAAUUAUAA